UCUAGUAAAUUAAUGGUUUGAUCAAUGGCGUAAAUUAAUAAUAGCGGAACGUUCGUGCUAAAUGUGUUUUCAGAAGGACUUAUUUUUGUGAAACACCGCAGGUUGAAACAUGAAAAUGCGAAGAGGAUGUGAAACAAGACAAGUAGCCUAUAUUUUAUUAGUGUCAGCUCAUAUUUCUUUGUCAUUCGUCUUUAACAUAAACCUACCAUUCGCUAUGGAUAUAUUUGGCCAUAUGCAGUGAAUAUAAUAUUGGGAAAGUCAACAUUGUCUAAGUGGCAGAGCUGUCAGCCGGUUUACCAGCUUAACCAGUUAACCAGCUGUUUAUUUAUCCUAAAAUUACCAGUUUGUCUGUCUGGUAGAUCAUGGACGAAGCAGACAGCCUGGACGCAGAUCGCGUGAUCCCACAUAAUCAGGUUGAGGGCCGUUCAUCAAAAAUCCGCAAUUGGUCUGGAUUCUGGCUGCUUGGAUUGUGCAACAACUUUGCCUAUGUGGUGAUGCUGAGUGCAGCCCAUGACAUUCUGACCAAACAGCAGUCGGACAACUCAACAACUCCUACUCCUCCCUCACUGAACGGUGACUUUGAAGUGAGAAAUAGUAGCAACAGCACUCGCUAUGACUGCAACCCUGUGUCUACUGCGGUGGUUCUAUUGGCUGACAUUCUGCCCUCCCUCGUCAUCAAGUUGUCCGCUACGUUCUACAUCCACCACGUGCCCUAUGGGUUCCGAGUGCUGUUCUGCGUCGGCGCCACGGUGACCAGCUUCCUGCUGGUGUCCUUCUCCACCACCAUGACCAUGAGCAUCCUGGGUGUUGUCUUUGCCAGCAUGGGGUCCGGACUGGGAGAGCUGUCCUUCCUGUCCCUGACUGCCUUCUUCAGCAGUGACGUGCUGGAGGGCUGGGGGUCGGGCACCGGGGGGGCGGGCGUGGCCGGCGCCCUGAUGUACUCGGCGCUGACCCAGGCGGGCCUGUCGCCCCCGGAUACGCUGCUCACCAUGCUGCUGGUGCCGGCGGCCAUGCUGCUCAGCUAUUUCCUCCUGCUGGCCUUCCCACCGAUGUUCCCCCAGUGGCGUAGACUACGGGAGGCGGGGCCUAUGGGGAGGGGCGGAGCAGAGGAACGGCGCCGGCUGAUGGACGAAAGGGAGGAAGAGGAGGAGGAGGAGGAAGAGUCUGAGCAACAGGAGAAAGGACCUAGAGAGGACAGAGCCAGUGGACCCCUCUCUUGUACUGAGAAGAUGCGUGCCAUCAAAAUGAUCCUGAAGUUUGUGCUCCCCCUGGGAACGGUUUACUACGCAGAGUACUUCAUCAACCAGGGUCUGCUUGAACUUCUCUACUUCCCAAAAUCCACGAUGACUCACGCUGAACAAUAUCGCUGGUACCAGACCCUGUACCAGGUGGGCGUGCUUGUUUCCCGCUCCUCGCUGCGGUGUGUGAAGAUCAGGAAUCUCUGGGCUCUGGCGCUGCUCCAGAUCGUGAACACGGUGUUCCUGCUGUCUGCGGUCUAUUUCCAGUUCCUGCCCGCGCCAUGGCUGGUGUUCAUCAUCGUCCUCUACGAGGGCUUACUGGGGGGCGCGGCCUACGUCAACACCUUCUACUUCAUAAGCAAGGAGACUGGGGACCGGGAGAGGGAGUUCGCCAUGGCUGCAGCCAGCGUCGGAGACACCCUGGGCAUCGCCCUGGCCGCACUCACCGCCUUCCCCGCCCACAGCUACUUCUGCUCCCUGUGACAGAGCCCAGGAGCCACACCCAGCGGGGCCACACCCAGCGGGGGCCACACCCACAGGGGCCACACUUAAAGGGGCCCCACUCAGAGCGACCAAAAUGGUGGAUCUCUCUAGCCAGCCCUCCACUUCCUGCCAGGCACUGUCUUAUAGCACAGUCCGGUUUACUCCAGUCACUCCUCGGCUGUUUAUUCUAGAGUAUUUUAAAAUGGCCCAGCACAUCCAGCACAUAUCUUUCGAGGGUUGGUCAGUCCAAAUUUCCAAAAAAAACGGUUUUGAGCACGCGAGACUGAGCCUUGCUAUCCCCGCUCAUCAUUCGGUACAUUCUGAACAUGCCCAGUGGCUAUCACGGUACGAGGACUUGACCAUGCAUAACAGAGGUGCAUCGUUUCACAUCGCUAACGUGCAAACCAAACGUGAUACAUUUCCUGAACUCGACUCUUAUGCAAAGGUUUAUGCAAACCUUUGCAAUGGCUGCUAAAUGGAAAUACACACGGUGGUGAAUGUGAUAUAUACCCCUAGACUCUAUCCACUUGAUUAUAAAUAUGUGGCCUACUGCAGAAGGCCACGUGUAUAUAUACCGUAUACUUUAGGAUUUAAGGUAUUUAUAUUUAAUAGUGGUGUAGGUUUUGCGGCCUGUGAUGUGCAGUUCAGAUCCAGUAGGAGUUAUGGAUAGUGGGAGGAAACGGCUUCUCAAGACUCAUUUAAUGCAUUACAUUUUUAUCUUGCGUUUUUUUAUUUUCCAAAAACAUUCCCUGUUUGUGAUUUAUUUUUAUUUAUAAGAAGGUUCUUGUUCCGCGUACCUAGCAAAGGUUGGACCAAAUUGAACCGAUGCCUCUCCUUGACUCGUCCACAUAGCUUGAGAAUCUGUUGAAAUCACACCAGACAUUCGUGUACGUUAUAUAAUUUUCAUGAAUAUUGUUGUUAGAGGGUUGAAACGUGAAGUGAGCAUGUCAGGAUUCGACCUGAAAUUAAAGCAGCUGUCCACUAGACACUUUCGUUUUGUAUUAUUAUAUUGUUUUACCCUUGAUUCCUAAAUUACUGGUACUUGGUUUGUAAUUGCUCUACAAUGGAUUUUGUAGGGCAAAAUGGUGAAUCGUUGUUAAAUUGUUAAAUCAACACACUUUAUUUGCAGCUGUAGUUGCAAUGUGCAGAUUGCUACUUAAACGAUGUCUAACUGAUAUUAAUUGGCCUCUGCCUACGCUUGGGUGUUAUAGACGCUGUGCUUUUCUGACUAAAUGUUAAAUCAUAUAUACAAUGUCUUAGGUUUAUUCAAUAGGAAAUGUUUCUCCAGGAUUUUCCAGAGAGACAAGCUAAAAAUAGGAUUCAGAACUCCCAGAAUGCUCUCUGGGAGUAGCGGAGAACUAUCUCAUUAAUAUUAAUUAGUAAUUGGUUGCCAGCUAAAGUGCACAACUUUUUUUGCAUCGUCUUUUAAAUCUUCACAAAAUGUUAUUAUGCCACAUGUUGUUGCUAUAACUGAUUUUACUUGACAUAAUACAGCAAAAAGUGUCUAAUAUAUCAUGAAAAUACAAAUGAUAAUAAAAACUAUUCAAAUAGA